GAACUCUGACCAAAAAUGCAGUUGCAUGAUACAAAGGACAAAGUUAAUGUUGCAGCUUUUUCUACUGCGUGUGAGAGAAAGAGAAGAAUGGAGAAGCCCAGGAAAAAAUUUACUGGUUUUAUAGAUGAUGCAGUGGCGGCUGCUAACAAAAUGGAUCGUGAUGAACUGCUUUUUUCCUACAAGGGGAUUCUCUACCCUGUUACUUUGUGCAGUCCUGAAGUAUUCAGAGCCAUGGAGUCCCUUGAAGCCAGAAGUGAUGAUAUAAUUUUGGCAGCAUACCCUAAAUCUGGUACAAACUGGCUAGCUCAAAUCUUAAAUGAUCUGGUAGCCAUAUUUGAAAAGAAAACACAGAAUAAAGAAAGCAGUGGGAAUGAUGAAGAGCUAGAAGAAUUUCCCUAUCUUGAAAUUGGAGAUACUGGAAAAUAUGAGCGAAUGAAUAAAUUACCUUCUCGAAGAAUUAUGAUUACUCAUCUCCUUCCGGAAAAUCUCCCCAGGUCUGUCUUCAAAAAUAAAGCCAAGAUAUUGCUGCUGAUUCGCAAUCCAAAAGAUUUAGUUACAUCUUUUUACCAUUUUACCAAUGGCAUAGCUACGCUUCCCUCCUAUGAGACCUGGGAUGAUUUCUUUGUAGCUUUCAUGACAAAGAAAAUGCCCUGGGGAUGCUACUUUGAAUACCUUUCCAAAUGGAACAAAUAUGCUGCUGAUGAAAAUGUUAUGCCAAUGACUUAUGAAGAGCUAAAAGAGAAUCCAGUCCUGGGUGUGAAAAGCAUUGCUGCUUUCUUUGGGAUUUCCCUGACUGAGGAAGAGCUUCAGACUGUGGUAGAGAGAAGCAGCUUCCAGUCCAUGAAGAAGAACUCAGAGAAGACCCAUGGGGCAUAUGCUAAUGUUUUCUUUCGCAAAGGUGCUAUAAGUGACUGGAAGAAUCUUUUCAGUGAAGAUCAGAAUGAGAAAAUGGACAAAGCAUUUGAAGAACAUAUAAGAGGAACUAAACUGGGAACAAUGUUAAAGUACGACGUGUACUGUAAAGCCUGAAGAGUCAUGAACUGUAGUUAGAGCAAGAGCUUUUCUGGGUCAUCUGAAUGCUGUAUACUAGAAAACUAGAUCAAAUUAUCCAAGCACCUUAAAAUUCUCUCUUUGUAUAAAAAAAUUCCCAAAUAAUUUUCUUUUUAAUAUCACAUAAGUUUUCACUUGCUCCACUAGGGACCACAUUUCUACCUGUAAAAAGGUUAGUAAGAAGAAAAAAAUAAUGAAGUUAAUGUAUUUUUCUUGUGUUUUAAGAUAAUCCUUAAUCUAUAUACCUAUGUGCCACUUCUAAGAACUUUUAUAUUGUCCAUGCUCCAGCCAUAAAAUAGGAAAAGAAAACAUGGUGAAUACAGAAGAUGUUGUUUCCCACCAUUAAUGCCAGUGGUGUGCUCUUGCCACAAAAUUAGUUAGCAUUCUCUUUGAUCAUGCUUGACUUUCAUAUGUGCUGACAGUUAAGCUUUAACUUAAUACUUAAACACUGAAACAGAUUACUUUCCAUAACUAAAAAUUCCCUGAAACUGAUAGAUGCCAAAAUUUGCUGAAAUUUGCUCUGUUGAGAAAAUGGGAUUGUCAGGGGUGAUGGUGUAAGACAUUACUAUACUCAUCUAUUUUAUAUUGGUACUUGGCACUGUGGAUGUAGGAUUUCAGACCUGUCCAGGGACCACCUGCACUUCAGCCACCUGUUCUGGUAAAAACAAUGAAAUAAGUCUCUUUAUUAAAGUUGAAUUAAAAUCAGGAAAAAAUAUAUUCAAUUUAUAAAUCAUUUGCAAAUGAGAAGCAAAAAAACCUAUAGACUUGGAAAGAAUGAUGUAUUCAGUAACUUUUACAUUAAUUAUUCUAAAGCUGGUUAUUGUGUCUGGAUAUAGAAAUGCAGAGUUUUGCAAGGAAACAGGAGUGCUAGAAAUAAUACUUAAAAUAUGCGGAAAAAAAUUAUUCAAAAGAAGAGCUUUUAAAAGUCCUAACACAACCCAUAUUUGAACAACAAGAAAUUAUCAGUAAGAACCCAGAAAAGUACCAGAUGCCUGGGGGAGGACAGGCAUAAUAUCCAUGUUUAAAAAGUUGAGAAAAAAGAAUCAAAAUAGAGCAGUCUCCUUAACUUGAUUCCUGGAUAUCUAGUAGUAAAAAUGACCAACCAACCAACCUACCAUGAAACAUUUAAAAAAUAAUAAAGUAUAAGUAAUAAAGUAUAUAUAUAAUCUAUAUAUAAUAAAGUAUAAGUAUAAACCGUGUCAAA